AUGGCCGCCGCCCCCGACGACCGCCUGUCCGUCCUCCCGGACGACCUGCUCCGGCGCAUCCUAUCCUUCACACCACCCAAGACCGGCGCAUCCACCGCCGUCCUCUCGCGACGGUGGCGUCCAGUAUGGCUCCGAUCAGGCACCCUCAGCCUGGACAGCGAGCCCUACGCCGCCACCAUACGUGCAACCAAGUACCUCGAGCCCUACGCCUAUGGCGGCUACAUACAAAGAACCUCAUACACCGAUUCGCUCUUCUUGCCCGACGCCGUCAAGGUCCUCGACGCUCUCCGCCGUGCCACGGCGGACCUCAAGAGCCUCACGCUGUCCCUGGACAAAUCGGCAUACAGCGGAGCCAAACCUUACCGCUUUAUGGACGAGAAAGAGAAGCAGAAAGAAGAGGCGCAUGACAGGGUCGGCGGCGUCGUCCUCGCCCACCCCGCCGCGGCCCAGCUGGAAGAGCUCCGCGUCCGCUGCCGGCCGGACGAUUAUCGCUAUCGCCCCUGGCUGGCCCCCCUUCCGUGCGCCGCCACGCUCCGGGUGCUGGACCUCACCCGCUGCGACAUACAUCCACCGCCGACGGCCACGGCCACGGUGCCCCUGUCCGCCGGCAUUUUCUUCCCGUGCCUGACAGAUCUGCAACUGCGCGGUUGCGUCAUCUCGGAGGGGUAUCUCCAGGUCGUGGUCGACGCCGCGCCGGCGCUCACCAACCUCGUGCUGGUGAACGUGAGCCACAAGCCGGCGGUGGAGCCGGACUCCAUAGGGUGGAUAUUUUGCCGGCCCGGUUUCAGGGCGCGUCUCCGACUCUGGUGCCCGACGGUCACCGCCUUCGUGCUCGAGGCCAGUGCCCACAAGGAGGAGCUCGAGCCUUGGGCCAAUCCCGGCAUCGAGCUCGACAUGCCGAGCCUGCGCUCCUUCCGCUACAAGGGAUUCCCCGUCAAGCUCUCACUGAUGUCGUCCACGCCGGCUCUGGAACGAGUCGACCUUGAUGUCUCUCGAGAGUCUCGACACGAGUACCGCGUGCAACAGUACUAUGAGCCCGUGUCGCGCAUUCUGGCAAGCUUCACUGGCACGAGGGCUCUGAAACUGCGCCUCCGCUGCAUCGAGGAUAUCAUCGUCGGCGUCGUCCUCCCCACGUUCCCAAGUCUGGAGCUCCUCGAAGUAGAAGGACACUACAAGUACAUGAACAGACACACGGGAGCAGCAAUGGCGAGGCUUCUCAACUCUUGCCCCGCGAUGUCCGAACUCCGGCUCAGGCUAAACAUGGAGAGGGACUAUGAAUACGAAUGCAAGAUCAAGAAUAUGGGUGGUGGACCCUUCGCCCAAUCCAUGGAAAGGUUCAAUAGGCUCGGCCCCAUGUCCUCGGUGCAUCGCGACAUCGUACAGCUCGGCGGCGUCUCGGAGCUCCCGGGUUCCUUGACCAACAACAACUGCGCGUUCAGCUGCCUGCAGAAGAGCCUUCGAAAGGUGACGCUCAAGUUCAAGGCCAUGGAGGUUAACUGCUUCCAGGUCCAGCUCGCCAAGUUCCUUGUGGAGAACGCCAUGGUGCUAAGGAGAUGCAAGUCGAUGAUGGGGACCAGUUCUCAUCAGACCACCUUAACCUCAAACUUGCAAGAUGGAGAUCUGAUUCAUUCCGGAGAAGAAAUCUCACGGACACAGCAGGUGGCUUUCGGGUAUAUUAGCAAGGCAUUUGUCUUUUAUUCUGGCGCUUUGAGAGGUCCAGAUUAA